AUGGCAAAGCUCGCAGUCUACUUAGCUACCUUCGCCCUCGUUUUGUUCGUCGCUCAUGCUUCGAUCACAACCGUGACUGUCGAUGAGGAGGACACAUGGAGGCCGUCUAGGCGAUCACAGAGCAGCUGCCAAGAGCAGAUAAGGGAGCAAGACCAUCUCAAGGACUGCCAGAAAUACAUGGAGGAAGAGUGCAGUUGUAGCAGCAGCAGCAGAAGGUGCAAUAGACAAUGCAACAGGUACCUUGACUCCUGUUGCUGGCAUCUAGAGAAGAUGGAUAACCAAUGCCGAUGCCCCGGUCUAAAACACGCGGCGAUGCAACAGAUGAAAGGACAGAUGGGAAGAGAAGAGAUGCAAGAGCUUUAUGAGGCUGCUGAAAAAAUUAUGUCAAAAUGUGACAUGCAGCCUAGGAGGUGUGAUUUUCCUUCUCGCGACAGGGCCUAA